AAUCGAUAUGAGUUUCAUAUACUUGUAGAUUUGUUUCUGUGCAUAAUUCUUGCGAAGGACGAUGACGACGACAACAACGGUGGCGACACUGGAGUUGGACUACUUCAGGGCAGUGUCCCUCUACCGCCGCCGCUCCUACGAGAGAUGUGCGGAGCUGUGCAACGCACUUCUGCAGGCCGGUCACGAUGGUCAUGUCCAACUGUUUGCCACCAAAGAGGAGGAGGAGGUGCAACAGCAUCAGCAGCAGCAGCAGCAGGCGGAGCACGAUGCCGGGCGCAACAGCAGAUUCGGUAGCAAUUUGCAACGCAUUGGCCCCAGGCCCAGAGGAGUGGCAGGAGCCGGGCAAGAUUCGGGAGCAUCCAUCAUGAUGCCCACUUGGCUGAUGGAGGGCGUGUGGCAAUUAAAGAUGCGCGCCCUAACGCAGCGCGUCUACCUGGACGAUCUGGAGGUGGACGAUGCCGGGGAUGAGGCCACCGAGGAAGUGGAGUUCGAGCGGAUAGCGACGGCGGCUCGUCCUGGUAGCAGCAUCAAGACCGCCUUUCAGCCACGUCCUCUUACCAGCCAAAGGCAGCAACUGGCAAAAAGCAGGGGCUCUGGUAUAGCCCACUCCAGUGAUGGUCGUUUGAAUAGCUCCAGGCCAGGAUCCGCGGCAGUGGCCCGGCCAGGGACGAGUCUUAGUCGUCCAGGAUCCUCGUUGGGAGGCGGCGGAGCACGACCAGCCUCACGGUGUGGCACCGCCUCCCGAGUCCGGGCCACGUCUGCAGCCGCAUUCAAUGUGGGUGAUGCCACCUCCAAGUUGUACCAGGCAUCUCGUCUAAAUCCUACGAUUUAUGCGGAAAGGGAGACACUGGUGAAGGCCCUGUUCCAGUUCCUUUACUACCACGAGGCCGAUGUCCAGAAGGCUCACUCACUCUGCCAGGCGGUGAUGGAAGUACAGCGGCAGAAGCCCGGUGGAGCCGGUAGUGGAGCCUCAUCCUUCUCCUGGUGGUGGCAACAGCAAAUGGGCAGAUGCUUAUUAGCUUUGCAUUAUCCAAGGAAAGCGGAACCCUUUUUACAGCAAUCCCGCAACUUUCCACAUCCGGAUACAUAUCUUCUCCUAUCCCGACUCUAUCAGAGAUUAAAGCAACCGGAGAGGGCUCUAGUGCUAAUCAGCGAAGCGGUGGACACUAGACCCUUUGAUGUCACCUAUCGUUUGGAGCAGGCGAGGAUUCACCAGGCCAUGGAGCAGCAGGAGGAUGCUUUGCAGCUCUACAGGCUGGUGGCCAAGCUGCAACCCAUAAAUGUGGAGUCUUUGGCCAGCAUUGCCGUGGGUUACUUCUACGAUAAUAAUCCGGAAAUGGCUUUGAUGUAUUACCGCAGGAUUCUCUCCCUUGGAGCACACUCCUCGGAGCUGUACUGUAACAUAGCCUUGUGCUGUCUCUAUGGAGGUCAAAUCGACUUGGUUCUGCCUUGUUUUCAAAGAGCCUUGGCCAUGGCCACACAACCCGAGCAAAAGGCGGAUAUUUGGUACAAUAUAAGCUUUGUGGCGGUGACCUCUGGUGACUUCAACCUGGCCAGAAGAUGCCUCCAACUGUGCCUCACCUCGGAUGCCCAAAACGGGGCAGCUCUCAAUAACCUGGCUGUCCUGGCUGCCCAAGGUGGGGAUGUUAUGGGGGCCAAGUCCUAUCUAAAUGCAGCCAAGGAUGUGAUGCCUGAAGCCGAAGAGAUAACCACCAAUUUGCAGUUUAUGGAUGUGCACUAUAAGCUAUGA